UGUGUACAUAACCUAGUUUUUUGUUUUGACUUUUCUUGCUACUCUGCUGUAUUUUGUAUUUUGUUUUGAUAAGUCUGUCUAACUAAAACUGAUCGAAAUGCCAAAAGUAGUAUCAAGAAGUAUUGCUUGUUCAGAUACCAAAGAUCAAGAAGAAUAUGGAGACGAGAAGCCUCUUCAUAUUUAUUAUUGCCUUUGUGGACAAAUGACACUCAUUUUGGAUUGCUCAAUUGAAAAAUUACCUCUUCGCAAAAGAGAUGGUGCAAGAGUGUUGGAUGGAACAAGUCAUGCUCAUAAAGUAACCUGUGAUCCAGACGAGACAGUUUAUCUGAAAAGACCUGAAGGUAUAGAACGACAGUAUCGAUUGAAGUGCAAAAAAUGCUCACUCCUCCUUUACUACAAGCACGAACCUGAAAGCCCUGUAAGUUUCAUUGUCAAAGGUUCACUCAUAAAAUCCACAAAAGAAGGACCUAUUACGGACAUAUAUAAUCAAGUGGCAAUUGAACAACCCAAGAAAAUCAUGGUAACGAAACACACGAAAAAUAUGGGUAAAUUCAGCUCAGUUACUGUUUCCACAAUCGACGAGGAGGAAGAUGAAAUUGAAGCGAGGGAAGUGGCAGAUAGUUAUGCUAAUAAUGCAAGGAUUAUUGAAAAACAACUUGAAAGAAAAGGAAUGAACAAGAGAAAAUCUGAGCAGAACAAAGUGCAAGAUGUGAAGAAGAUAAGAGGAACUCUCAUAGAUAAAUGAAGAUUCAUCAUCCAAAGUAAGAGUUGAGUGUGUAUAUUUAUUAUAAUAUAUUAUUAGUCUUUAUGUGAUGAAGUGAAAAUGGAUUUUGUACUAGGAGAGGAGGUGUAAAUAAAAGUUGUCCAAAUU